CAUCAGCUGAGCCAGGAAGGAGGAAGAGGAGGAGGAGGAGGAGGAAGGCUGGCUGGCAGGCAGUCUGGUGGGGCGUCGGCGUCGUCGGGAUGCGGGUGGCCCUGGACUUCGAGGAGUGCCUCAAGGACUCGCCCCGCUUCAGGGCUGCUCUGGAAGAUGUGGAAGGAGAUGUGACAGAACUGGAGCUGAAGCUGGACAAGUUGGUGAAGCUUUGCAUUGUGAUGAUUGACACGGGGAAGGCCUUCUGCGUGGCCAACAAGCAGUUCAUGAUGGGCAUCCGGGACCUCGCCCAAUACUCCAGCAAGGAUGCCCUGAUGGAGGCCAGCUUGAGCAAGUUCUCUGACAGCCUCCAGGAGAUGGUCAAUUACCACACGAUCCUGUUUGACCAAACCCAAAGAUCAAUUAAAGCACAACUUCAGAUGUUUGUUAAAGAGGAUAUUAGAAAAUUCAAAGAUGCGAAGAAGCAGUUUGAGAAAGUCAGUGAAGAGAAGGAGAACGCCCUCGCCAAGAACGCCCAAGCGCCGAGGAACAAGCAGCACGAAGUGGAGGAGGCCACCAACAUCUUGACCGCCACCAGGAAGUGCUUCCGGCACAUUGCCCUGGACUACGUUCUCCAGAUCAAUGUUCUUCAAUCAAAGAGGAGAUCAGAGAUUCUCAAAUCGAUGUUGUCCUUCAUGUAUGCUCACCUGGCCUUCUUCCAUCAAGGCUAUGACCUCUUCAGUGAACUCGGCCCCUACAUGAAUGACCUGGGAGCUCAGCUGGACCGGCUGGCUGUAGAUGCUGCCAAGGAGAACAAGGAGAUGGAGCACAAGCACUCCACUAUCCAGCAAAAGGACUUCUCCAGCGACGACACGAAGCUAGAAUACAACAUCGAUGCGGCCAGCGGCAUCGUCAUGGAAGGCUACCUCUUCAAGCGAGCCAGCAACGCCUUCAAGACCUGGAACAGGAAAAAGCCCGAUGGCCUCAGGCGCUGGUUCUCCAUACAGAAUAACCAACUGGUCUACCAGAAGAAAUUUAAGGAUCAUCCCACCGUUGUGGUGGAGGACCUGCGCCUGUGCACGGUGAAGCACUGCGAGGACAUCGAGAGGCGCUUCUGUUUCGAGGUGGUCUCUCCCACAAAGAGCUGCAUCCUCCAGGCGGAUUCGGAGAAGCUGAGGCAAGCGUGGAUCAAGGCUGUGCAGACCAGCAUCGCCACGGCCUACCGGGAGAAAGGCGACGAGGCCGAGGUGGAGAGGAAGCCGUCCCCUUCCGCGGGGAGCCCAGAGUCCAGCAGGGAGUCCAGGGAGAAGCUGCUGAAGGGCGAGGGCUCCCUCCAGAGGGUCCAGGCCAUGGCCGGCAAUGCUGUGUGCUGCGACUGCGGCCUGGCCGACCCGCGCUGGGCCAGCAUCAACCUGGGCAUCACGCUGUGCAUCGAGUGCUCCGGCAUCCACAGGAGCCUGGGCGUCCAUUUCUCCAAAGUCCGGUCCUUGACGCUGGAUUCGUGGGAGCCGGAGCUUCUGAAGCUGAUGUGCGAAUUGGGAAACGACGUCAUCAACCGGGUGUAUGAAGCCAACUUGGAGAAAAUGGGAGUCAAGAAGCUCCAGCCUGAAAGCCAGAGGCAAGAGAAGGAGGAGUACAUUCGGGCCAAGUACGUGGAGCGGCGGUUUGUGCAGAGGUGCCCCGCUGCCUCGGGAGGAAGACCUCGGCCUCCCGGCCAAGAUGCCCAGCCGCCGGGCAGCCCGCCAGCCCCCCCAGCUGCCAGCGAGCCGAAGGGGGCCCCCCCACCCUCGCUGAAAGUGCAAAGCCACGACAGCAGCUUCCAGCACAGCACAGAGGACGGCAGGGGACACCUGGCCUCCACCGCGUCAGCGAGCACCUUGUAUGAGCCAGAGGGCGAAAGGCCGGACGUGGCCGCGGCGGCUGCUUCCGCCUCCCAGGACCCCAAGCAGCUCCUGCCGGGGCUGCAGCUGUACGAGGCCUCCUACAAGAAGAGCCUUCCUCAGAUGGCCGAGGCCCUGGCCCAGGGGGCAGAGGUCAACUGGGUCCACCCGGAGCAGAACAGGUCCACUCCCCUGAUCCAGGCCGUCCUUGGGGGCUCCUUGGUCACGUGCGAAUUCCUGCUCCAGAACGGGGCCAACGUGAACCUCAGGGACGCUCAUGGCAGGGGCCCCUUGCACCACGCCACGGUCCUGGGCCACACAGGGCAGGUGUGUCUGUUCCUGAAACGGGGCGCCAACCAGCACGCCACGGAUGAGGAGGGGAAAGACCCUUUGAGCGUCGCCAUAGAAGCUGCCAACGCAGACAUCGUGACUCUGUUGCGCUUAGCAAGGAUGAACGAAGAGAUGCGCGAGUCGGAAGGGCUCUACGGCCAGCCAGGAGACGAAACCUACCAGGACAUAUUCCGUGACUUCUCGCAAAUGGCAUCCAACAACCCGGAGAAACUAAAGCGCUUUCAGCCCUCUGAUGCACAGAAGCCAUGAAGGGUCAAAGAGCACGGGGACCAGCGAGAGUAGACCUCCCCCUCCCCACAUGUACUUGGAGCUCCGCCCCCUUCUUUUUAUACAUAAAGCUGCUUUAACUAUA